UGGCGUACAUUUUCUUGUUUUUCUUACUUUUUCCUUAAUUAUUAUGAAAACUAAAAAAAAAAUCAAAACAAUAACAUUCUUAUUAUAUCAACUAAACAAAAUUUACAUUCAGAAAAGAUGCUUCCCUAGUAGAUCGAAGAAAAGUUAUUGGUAGAAAAGUUUUUAAUGGACGAAAAAGAACCAAUUCAUUCCUCGUUGUGCUCAGAAUCUAAAAUAUUUUUGUCUGUCUGACGGGUGUGUUAAAAACGUGUUCACGUAAAAAAAAAACCGAAAGAACUAUCAAAUCGGUUUUAAAAAUAAAAUACCUAUUAUAUUUUAAACGAUAACGUUAUUAAGACAAUGUUACCAGAAUUUUUUAAAUAUUAAUUUUUAUUAAAAAUAUAUAUAACACGAUUUGUCUAGUACCUUCGAUAGCGAAUUCAGUAUACAAAUUAAGAGUAAUUCGAAUAUGACAAUAACUAUGAUGCCGAAUGCCACUCUGAUUGAACUCCUAAGUCCUCUUUAAACGCGUAAUCGUCCAAAUCGCGUACAUUAUUAUAUAAUAUUAUCACACAGCAAUAUGCUGACAUGCACAACGUAUAUGCUACACCAGUGACGGACACUGUUAAUACUAUCGAUAGUUUUCUAUAUAUAGUUUAGAAUACGUGCCAACGUGUUUCAUUUGAAUAAUUCCCACGGCCAAACAGUUUUAUUCGGGAAAACUAUCGGAUAAUUUCUAUCAUAAUCGAAUGGUUCGAAUUCGGUCAAUUAUCGAAUAGUUCGAUAGUAAAUAUUCUGCAGUUGUGCAUGUAUGAAUGUACAGUUAGUGCUCGCGUUGUUAGUGAUACUGAAUACGGUCACCGGGUACGUCGUCUGCACUAUCGACUAAUCGGACGGACCGAUAAUAUGAUUACAAUGCGUUUCUCCUGGCGCGCGACCGCUGCUGCGUACCGGCCGCGGCCAAGUAUCCUAGUCCGGCGGCGGGAAAUCAGCACUGCCGCCGAUCCCGGAGACGAUCUCCGCGAGUCGUUGAGCGCCGACUCCGCGACAAUUUCGUCCAAAUACUUAUACGACCCGCUCGGGUCGAAACUGUUCGAGCUCAUUUGCUACACGCCAGAAUACUAUUUGACCAGGACCGAGGCGGCCAUUUUCGACCGGCACGCCGAGGACAUGGCGACGGCUGUAGGCGCCGGCGUUACCUUCAUCGACCUGGGAGCCGGCAACUGUGCCAAGGCUGCGCGACUGCUGCCGCUGUUCAAGCCUCGCCAGUAUGUGCCUGUCGACAUUUCAACGGAGUUCCUGAAAAACUCGUUGGUCGUCCUACAGACGGCGUUCCCGGCGCUUGACGUGCAGCCGCUGGCCAUGGACUUCUCGUCCACAUUACAACUACCGCCGUCCGUCGGGCAAGACCGCCGGCUGUUCUUUUAUCCGGGCUCGUCGUUCGGAAACUUCUCGCCGAUAGCGGCAGUCGAAUUCCUACGGACGUUGCGACGCAAUUUGCGGGCCGACGACGGUGGCCUGCUGAUGGGAAUCGAUCUGGUAAAAGACAAGAUAGUGAUAGACCAGGCGUACAGCGAUUCGUUGGGAAUUACCGCGGCGUUUAACCGUAACGUGUUGCUAAACGUCAACCGGCUGAUCGACGCCGAUUUCGACGUGUCUGACUGGGAACACCGGGGAUUUUUCCACUUGGACAAGAGCCGUGUCGAAAUGCAUCUGGAGGCGAAACGCGACGUGACUGUUACAUGGCGCAGUCAACCAGACGGUUCUCGGCGGUUUAGAGCGGGUGAGCGCAUACACACGGAGAACAGUUACAAGUACACGACGGACAGCAUGUUCGCGCUGCUGGACCGGGCAGGGUUCGCCGUGUCUGAUUCGUGGUUCGAUCCACACAAAUGGUUCAUGGUUCUCUACGCCAAACCCGUUUGAACGGCGGCGUAGCGCCCGCGCGGUCUGUGUCGNCCUAGAGUAUAAAAAAAAGACUCGAAAAUAAAAUAUGAAAACAUACUAAAUUUAAUGUAAGUAAUGUGCACAACUAAAUUGUAUUAAGGACUUUUUUCUAGAACUUUUUUCAUACUAGAGGACUACACAGGGACUAUUUUUACUGGACAUUUUCACCGAGAUAUAUUUUUCUUAGAUUUCUACCUUUAAUAUUGUAUUUUAAGCGCCCGAUAUUAUUAAACAUACGCCGUCAUUUAUGGUAAACACUAGUGGAUGGAAAUCAGUAGGUAGGUACUUUUAAUGUAGAGCGUAAUCACUAUCGUCUCAUGUCUAUAAAAAAGAUAUGAAUUCCUUAGAACUACCGCUAGUUUUUUUUUUUUUUUUAUAAUCGUGCGCUACUUAUAUCGACUUGAAACAAGAACUUUCUGAUAUUUUAUACUUCCCGUUUAUGAAUAGGCGCCAACAAUUUAUUUAUAAGUAACGUUCCCACGAUAAGAUGAAAAU